AUGAGAACGCCCACGCGUUCGCCACGAGGUUUUACCCUCGUGGAGCUGCUGGUGGUGAUCGCCAUCAUCGGCAUCCUGGUGGCGCUGCUGCUGCCAGCCGUUCAGGCCGCCCGUGAAGCGGCCCGUCGCAACUCGUGCUUGAACAACACCAAGCAGCUCGCUUUGGCGUUGCACAACCACCACGACGUGCGGCUCUACUUCCCGCUGGCGUCGACCCGGCCGUUCUUCACGAACGAACUGGGGAACGUUGCGGGCGCCUACACGGGCAAUCGUAACGCCGACGACGCGCAGACGAACCGGACUAACGGGGACGACGACACAAUCCUCGCCGACGGUUACAGCUGGAUCGUGCAACUGCUGCCGUUCGUCGAAGAGAACACGCUGUACGAUCGGAUGCAGCAGCAGACACGCAAGUUCACCGCCGACGCGUUCAACCUGGACAACACGCUUUCGGCUGACAACGGGGCAACCGCCGCCAGCCGCCAGAACCCGUACUUCUGGGAGACGCAGAUCGAGCCGUUCCGCUGCCCGAGCUUCGACGGCGACGCGACGGCCGGCAACAUCAUGAACGGGACCUACGGCGGCGCGACGUUGGCGACGGGCAACUACGUCGCCCUGCCUUCGACGCACUACGGCGGCAGCGGCGGAGCGCCCACGUCGCUUGCGAGCUCCCCGCCGAGCAACAACGCCGGCUCCAUCGACGACGAUUGCAACACCGGCGCCUACUGCGGCAACGGCGUGCUGGCGUUCCCCGGCGCGGUGAACAACAGAGUCACGAAGAAGGGCUACGCCUUCCGGAGCAUGACCGACGGCACGGCGAAGACGCUCGUCUUCACCGAGUCUCGCGAACAGGGCUGGUCUUCGUGGUACAGCGGUGUGUCCGCGUACGUCGUCGGCAUCUGGCCCAACCGUCAAAACGGCAACCAGGCGCCGAUCGCCAACGACGGCAGCUUCGACGGCCCGCUCAACUCGUGGACCUUCGGCAACAACAUCGCCGAGGUGGCCAUCAACCAGGGCUCGAACAAGAGCACCCCGAUCGAGCAGGCUCGCUACUACAUGGGCGACCAGGCCGGGUUGAACAACACGCCAGGCAUCCAGUGGCCGCACGGCAACACCGCCGAGUCGAACGCCGCGAACCCGGGCGAGCGUCGCUGGGGACCCAGCUCGCUUCACCCAGGCGUCGCCCUGCACGCCUGGGGCGACGGCCACUCCAGCGCCGUCAAAGAAGACGUCGACGGCGCCAUCUACAUGCACCUGAUCACCCGCAACGGCCGUGAGCCGGUCGACGAGUCGAAGCCGAAGAAGGGGCCCAUGGACGAGAAACCGCUAGAGGUUAGCUGUUCCGAGUUGAAAGCGCGGCUCGACGCCGGCGAGGCGAUCGAGCUGGUCGACUGCCGGGAGCCGGCCGAGCACGCCAUCGUCAAGAUCGCCGGCGCGCGGCUGCUCCCGAUGGGGCAGGUUCCGGCCGCCGUUAGCGACCUGGCGGGUCUGGAAGGCGACGUGGUUGUCUACUGCCAUCACGGGAUGCGGAGCGCCCAGACGGCCCAGUGGCUGCGUGAGAACGGCUUGCCCGGGGCCCAGAGCCUGGCCGGCGGCGUCGACGCCUGGGCCGCCGAGGUUGACGAAGGGACCUAUGCCGCCGUGGCGGAAUUGGCAGACGCGCAUGGUUCAGGUCCAUGUGCCCGCAAGGGCGUGGAGGUUCGACUCCUCUCGGCGGCACUCGGUUGA